UGUGGGUGAUACAAAUAUGGCAAUGAGUUCUAAACAUUGGAUAAAACAAAAAAAUCUUAAUCACUAAAUGAAAUAAAUGACACAUGUCUCUGUUGACAAGCAAGAAGUGUUGUUGGAGCAUAAUGAGCUGAUUAUAGGCUGCUCAGUUGCAGGAUGUUGUUGUUAAAUCAAUAUUGACUGCCACAGGGUUUGUCAUGCUGUGUGAAAAUACAGCUGGAUUAUGGCACAGGGAUGUGGUGCUGUGUUGUGUGGGCUUGUGUUGGUCUCAGUGGAAUGAGCUAUAAUGCGCAGUUUGGAUUUUUUCUCUUUCAUACUGCAAAGAGAUGUGGCACAUUUUAUUUUUUAUCCGAUCAGAUGAAUGAUCAAAUUAAUUAGAUGCUAGAUUUACGAGGACAUUUUCUACUCCCAUUUUUUUGUGAAGCUGAUGGUCAAAGUGACCAUAUUUUCAAAAGAAGACUUGAAAUAACAAAGCCAAAAUCAGGAUCUUUUAUUCAGAUUUCAGACAUCACUGAGCUGAAAAAGGAGGCAAAUCGAGCCCCCUUUUUAAUUGUGGUGCAUAAUGAAUCGUGUCGAAGAAUGGGUCCUGGAGAACAGGGACAAGAUUGAGAAAGGAGUGGAGAUCAUGGGCCAAGGCUGUGAGGUGCUGGCCUCCACGGUGGGUCAGUUCCACCCCAUCCUGGAAGCUGUGUUUGUGGCCUCCGCAGAGAUCCUCAGUAACCCUGAUGGGAAAGAGGCACGGUACUUGACUGAGCAGUUUGAGAAGGUCAACCAGAAGCUGGAGGGCAUACAGGAUGAAAUCGGCAAGAUCGCCCUGGAGCUGCAGCGGAGCAGCAUGAACAAGCAGAACUUUGACCGCGAGGCGCAGAUAAUCAGCCAGUAUGAGAAGUUUCAAGACUUCAUCAAUGCCAAGCCCAAGUUCAAGGAGAAGAAGAAGGAGAAAUUCAUCAGCCACUUUGAGAACACGGAUCGGGACUUGAACCUGGACGCCUUGUACAACGCCGUCACCGGCGAGAACAUUUCCGGGGACCCCAUGCUGGAAACGGUGCUGAACACAGAGCAGCGGGGCAGGAGGGCGGUGGAGGAGUUCUGCGCCCGAGUCAAGAAGCUGUUCGUCAUGGGCAUCAUCGCAGUCAUGGGCCAUGCUUCCCUGAAAGACGGAGUCAUUGGAGAGGACAUGGUCAAGAAGUGGCAGGAUCGGAUGGAGGAUGUGGAGAACCGCAUGAAGGCCGCAGUGGACGACUGCACGCAGAACUUCGCUGUCCAGGCCAAGAUGGAUGUAGAGCGUGAGCUCCUGGACAAACCAGGCAGCGUUGACCCGGAAUUCACCAAAUCUCUUCUGGUGAUCCUCACCAGGAAGUAUGACUGGGUUUCCUGGUCCAUCCGAGUUUUCAAUCACAGUGGAAUAUUUUUCUGGAAUUGGCUGGCUGGCAAGAAGUACCAUGGCAGUGGUGGGGGUGGUAACUUUUUUGACCUCUUGACCCAAAACAACAUCCGGGUGGUGGUUUCGUUCAGCGCGGAUCCAAAGCCUAUCAACAAGAACCACCUGCAGGAUCAGAUUGAGAAACAGAAGUUGAAGGGCAACAUGGUGUCUGUGGCCCAGGCCUUGUGUGGCAGCCAGCCCAACUGUUUGGUGCAUGCCGUGAGCCGAUAUAAGAAAGUAGAGGAGACUAACAACUUUCAGCCAGAAUGCUAUUAUUAUGGGAUACACAAAAGGGCCUACUUAUGUAUCCAUUCAGAGUAGCCUAGUUGCACUGAGAGGUAUCACAAAUGCGGAAAUCAGUUCAGUUUUUCAUACCUGUGUCAUAAAUGUUAUUCUUUGAAUAUGUAAGACAGUUGGAUGUAUAGCAACUCUUGACUUGAGAUACUUUGUCUUUCUUUUUUUUUUUGAUUGAUUUCAUGGUGACAUGUGUUCAUACAUUUUUAAUCAUUAUGAAUGGACAAAGAGCAUGUAUACACUACUUUAAAAACUUGAUCAAACUUGAUUCAUAGAACUAAAUUGCAAAAAGAUGCUUGCUUUCAAGAAAGUAAUGAGAAGCUAAAAACUAAUUUUAUACUUUUAAUAUUUGACAUCAAAUACCAUAAAGAUGUCAAAUAUCUCCAAAUAUGUUCAUAUUUUCAUCAUAUUGUGUACUACUUGUAACUGCUUUUCAGCAGACAGCAUUGAUCAAGUUAAACUCAAAACCAACAAUAAAUGUCAUAAAACAGGUA